CAUGGUUAAUGUGUAUUUCCCAAACUGGCCUUACCGGUCCUGUUAGCAAUAAUCUGUCAGUAUUGCUCCUUCUCCUAGAUGUUUUCUCAUUUUCGCACCCUCUCCCUCUGUCCUCUCUCUCAGUAGCAACCAAGUGAUUAUUGUUGAAGAUGGCGACGAGUGCGGUGGACGCGACUGGGAAUCCGAUCCCGACAUCAGCGGUGCUAACGACUGCAUCGAAGCAUAUAGCGACAAGAUGCUUUUCAGAAAAUGUGGAGUUUCUCAAGUGCAAGAAGAAGGAUCCAAACCCGGAGAAAUGCCUCGAUAAAGGCCAGCAAGUCACGCGCUGUGUCCUUGGAUUGUUGAAAGAUCUUCACCAGAAGUGCACAAAAGAGAUGGAUGCUUACGUUGGUUGCAUGUAUUACUAUACAAAUGAAUUUGAUUUGUGUCGCAAAGAGCAACAGGCAUUCGAGAAAGCUUGCCCUUUGGAAUGAUUGGCAAAUGGAACUAGUAAUCAAGCUCCCAAUAAUUUAGGUCACAAAACAUUUUGUGAUGAGCAAACAUUUUCUGUUGCGUGCAUUUUCUUUUUCUUUUUGUGAAUUGUCUCCUUUUUGGUACGCUCUGAUUCUACUUUCAAAUUGCUUUCAAAAGAAAGUACAGUAUGUUUCCUCGUC